AUGUCGUCGAUGACCACCCGGCCCGUGGUAGGCAAUGGACUUGCCUCAUGUUGCACCAUUGUAUCCAUUGCAGGUGUACUUGUCCUGACAGUCUUCGGUUGGGGCUUCUCGCACAACUGGGAAUCGUUUAUGGGUUCAACGGAAGACCCUGAGGAUGGCUGGGCCGCUGGUAUGACAUGCUAUGGUGCCGCAUUUGUAUACCUUCUAUUCAUUUUCUUCUGCGUAUGCCAGUUGGGUGUGAACCAGCGCUACCAGCGUAUCCAAAUUUAA